GCUCACUGCUCAAGCUUUUGCUUUUUCUCUCUCUCUCUACCUCCGAAUUCUAGGGUUUCUCCUUUCUCUCUCUACCAUAUCUUGUUCCCCUUUGGCCGCUGAUUGCACCGUACGACGAUAAUGGGGUCGAUCCCCGAUCCCGGCGAGGUGACUGAGUUGACUCCGCCGAGCUUCGACGAGUUCCAGCGGCAGACCUCUCUCAUGACCAGCUGCACUCUCCUCUGGAAGGAGCUCUCCGACCACUUCUCGUCCCUAGAGCAGAACCUCCUGAAGAAAUCCGAGGCCAUCAAGCUCAAAAUCCAGACCCUGGAGCACGAGACCAAGGCCUCGCUCGACGAGCUCGAGCAGCGCGAGGGCUCGAUCAGGGACAUCUUCGAAGUCGCGCUUGGCAAGGUCGAGAAGAGCAAGGAGGCGGCGCUCAAGGUGUUGAAGAGAGCCCGCAGCGAUGACGAGUACGGGGAGGUGGACGACGGCGAGGGGUUGCUGAUGAAUCUCAAGUCGUUGUGCUUGAAGAUGGAUUCUGGAGGGUUCUGGAGGUUCGUGACGGCGAGGAAGAAGGAAUUGGAGGCUCUGAGGUCGCAGAUGCCUCUGGCUUUGGGUGAUUGUGUCGAUCCGGCGAAUUUCGUGCUGGAGGCGAUAUCGGAGGUGUUUCCGGUGGACAAGAGAGUAGAGAGGAGUGAUAGGGGAAACGAUUUGGGCUGGGCCUGCGUUCUGUUGCUGGAGUCACUGAUUCCGGUGAUGAUGGACCCGAAGAUCGGGAGAAAGAGGCUUCUGGUGACGCGGAGCGUGAAGCAACGCGCCACCGAGAUAUCCGAGACCUGGAAGGCCAGCUUGGAGGAGAGAGGCGGCAUAGAGAACGUGAAGACUCCUGAUGUGCACACGUUCCUGCAGCAUUUGGUGACUUUCGGGAUUGUGAAGGAGGAGGAUGUUGAGUUGUACAGGAAGCUUGUGGUUAACUCAGCCUGGCGCAAGCAGAUGCCGAAGCUCGCAGUUUCGCUUGGCCUCGCCAAGCAAAUGCCGGGUAUGAUUGAAGAAUUGAUCAGCAGGGGACAGCAGCUUGAUGCGGUGCAUUUCACCUAUGAGGUUGGACUUGUGCACAAGUUUCCUCCUGUUCCUCUACUGAAAGCUUUUCUGAAGGAUGCUAAGAAAGCUGCGGCUUCUAUUUUGGAAGAUCCCAAUAACGCUGGGCGAGCUGUGAACCUAGCUGGACGCAAAGAGCUGUCAGCGCUCCGGGCUGUCAUCAAGUGCAUUGAAGAUUAUAACCUUGAGGCAGAAUUUCCUCCAGAAGACCUCAAGAAGCGCCUUGAACAGCUAGAGAAGGUGAAACCAGAGAAGAGAAGGCCAGUUGUAGUCCCAGCCAACAAACGAGUACGAGCUAACAAUGGCGGUCCCAUGCCUCCGGCCAAGGCUGGACGCUUGACGAAUGCAUAUGUGUCUUCUUUCCCUACACCUCCUACAUUUGUCAGGUCUCCUUCCCAUGGCCAGUAUCCUGCUGGGUUCUCACCGUACCAUUCCCCACCCACCAUGUAUGGUAGCAGAAGCCCACCAACCCCUUAUGCAUACUCACCGGAAGCAGCACCCCCUCCUCAUGCUGGAUCAUACCCUGGACCUCCGAUGAACUAUCCUGCAUAUGGGGCUUAUGGCAAUGGUAUGGUACCAGCUUAUCAGCCGGCUUACUACCGAUAGACAUGACAAACCUCAUAUGAAGACGGUAAGCACUGAUACGAUGACCUGAGAUCUCAUCCGCUUUUAUAAUGGGCUUGUUUGUAAUCACUAACCGUUUUCAUGGUAGCGAUGUGUGUAUUAAUCAUGAUAUUUCGUCAUGCUUCUUGCUUCGUCACGGUGAGAAGUUGUAUUUCUAAUGUUGAUCAAGCUGUAGUAGUAGUAGGUCAUUGUGAAAAAGUUGUUAGGAUGACUUAAAACAUCGACCCACGGCACCACCAACUCUUCUUCAGUUUAGUUGUAGAAAGACUAUUUAAUGCUUCUCUACGUUAUUCUCUA